AAUUUUUAACUAAUGAAAGUGAGAACUUUUUUUUUCACCAUUUUCUAAGCCUACAAAAGAAAGAAUUAUCUGAAUAUAGUGAACAAGACGAAGUUUUUUCUUUCCCCAAUUUUGUGGAAAGUGGAGCGAAUAGAGCAGUUUGUGCGUGGCAAAGCUUAAGCAAACCCAAGAUGCAAAUUAUCUGAAAAAAAGAGUUUAAGGUUAUUUAUGCAUGAAGAGAGAAAUUAUAUUGAUAUUUCCUCAAACCCCCAAAAACCAAAACACUAUGUAGAUGUCGUUUAUGCCUCAAGGAAAAUGCCAUGUGGGUGUCACGUCCCUGCCCUUUCCUUUACAUGCUCUCUAUAUAUCUUCUCUUUUCUCUCUCUUGUCUUUUUGGUCCGAUCAGAAAUUUAGAAUCAGAUCAGAUCAGUUCUCUUGGUUUCGGAAAAGAAUUUUACUUGAAGACCCAACUUUUGUUUUCUGUGAAGACGGAUUAAGGGGCUUUGUCUUUACAGUGUAAUGAUUUCAAAUUUGUGAAUUUGGAGUUGGUUUAGAGGUUGAAGAAAAGGGUAGGAAAAAAGUUGGUUUUUUUUUUUUGGAAGAAAUAAAGGUCAAAGUUCGUAAUUUUAUGGAGGAAUGAUUUGAAAGUUGGUGAAUUUGAAGCUUGCUGAUAGAUUGAAGAAAAGGGUAGCAAAAAGUUAGUUUUUUGUUAAAAAAAAAAAGUGAAGAAAUUGAUAAAAAAUCAAAGCAAAGAAGUAGAAGCGGCAAGAAUGGCGACGCUUGUGGAGCCACCGAAUGGGGUGAAGCCAAGAGGGAAGCAUUACUAUUCAAUGUGGCAGACCCUUUUCGAGAUUGACACAAAGUACGUUCCAAUCAAGCCUAUAGGGAGAGGAGCAUACGGCGUUGUUUGCUCAUCAAUCAACAGGGAAACCAAUGAGAAAGUGGCUAUAAAGAAGAUCAACAAUGUAUUUGAGAAUCGCGUUGAUGCGUUGAGAACUUUGAGGGAGUUGAAACUUCUCAGACACAUUCGACAUGAUAACGUGAUUGCUUUGAAGGAUGUUAUGAUGCCAACUCAGAGAGCCAGUUUUAAGGACGUUUACUUGGUUUAUGAGCUUAUGGACACGGAUUUGCAUCAGAUUAUCAAGUCUUCUCAGCCGCUUUCUAAUGAUCAUUGCAAGUAUUUUAUUUUUCAGUUACUACGAGGGCUGAAGUACCUCCACUCAGCAAACAUCCUUCACCGAGACUUGAAGCCUGGGAACCUCCUUGUCAAUGCUAACUGUGACCUGAAGAUAUGUGAUUUUGGGCUGGCCCGAACCAGCAGAGGUAAUGAACAAUUCAUGACAGAGUAUGUUGUCACCCGCUGGUACCGUGCACCUGAGCUCCUACUCUGUUGUGACAAUUAUGGGACCUCCAUUGAUGUUUGGUCGGUAGGAUGCAUCUUUGCAGAGAUUCUUGGUCGGAAACCUAUCUUUCCUGGAACAGAGUGCCUCAACCAGCUCAAGCUAAUUAUCAAUGUCCUUGGAAGCCAGCGAGAGGCUGAUCUUGAGUUUAUUGAUAAUCCCAAAGCCAGAAGGUAUAUCAAGUCACUUCCUUACUCUAGGGGCACCCAUUUUUCCCAUUUAUACCCUCAAGCCGAUCCAUUAGCCAUAGAUUUGUUGCAAAGGAUGCUUGUUUUUGACCCAUCUAAGAGAAUUACCGUCACAGAAGCCCUCCUACAUCCCUACAUGUCAGGGCUAUAUGAUCCCAGGCUCAAUCCACCUGCCCAAGUGCCAAUUGAUCUUGACAUAGAUGAGAACAUGGGAGAACAGAUGAUUAGGGAUAUGAUGUGGACUGAGAUGCUUCACUACCACCCAGAGGCUGCGUCAGCAAAUGCUUAGAUGACAUUGUUUUAGCUAUUUUGUCAUAAUGUGCUUUCAGAACCAGUAUUAUUGUUUGACCUAGAAGAACGCCACUGAGAAGUCUGCAUUGAGACUUAGCAAUUGUACCAAGAUUUUGUUUUAACAUCUUCCUUAUUAGUGUGGCUUCUUUGGAACA